AUGGAGAGACCCACAAACGGGAGUGCGCCCACGAAAGUGUGGACUACGCUCAUCACAAAUACCCAGUAUCUCUCAGGACUCCUUACGCUCGAGUAUUCCUUGAAAAAAUCUGGCUCGCGAUAUCCUCUCGUCGCACUUUAUACUGACACUUUUCCCCCCGAAGGCCUGCAAGCCCUCGAAAGGCGAGGCAUACCGGCGAAACACAUACCCUACCUCCUACCUUCCAUCCCCAAGGAGUACGCCAAUGAUCCACGUUUCUACGACUGCUGGAGUAAAUUAACCCCCUUCAGCCUCAUCGAGUAUGAGCGGGUGGUGCAACUGGACAGUGACAUGAUGGUUCUGAAAAAUAUGGAUGAACUGAUGGAGCUGGAGCUCGAUCCGCCCGAGAUGAACGGCGAGGGAAACAGGGUAUACGCUGCUAGCCAUGCUUGCGCGUGUAACCCCUUGAACAAAGCGCACUAUCCCAAACAUUGGAUACCGGAGAACUGUGGAUUCACCUCGCAACACAAUACACCAGAUGAUGCCCAGGUUAACGGGCCACCUCCUACAGCGGGGAUAGGAUCCCCGAAUGGCGGUCUAGUGGUGUGCAACCCUAGCCAAGGUGUCUACGACAAGAUCCUUCACGCCAUGAAGAACGGCGACUUGACCUCGAGCUACGACUUUGCCGACCAGAGCUUGCUUGGCGACCAGUUCUACGGCCGAUGGGUUGGAUUGCCAUAUAUCUACAAUGCUCUGAAAACGUUGAGGUGGAAGGGCGUACAUGACGCCAUAUGGCGUGAUGACCAAGUGAAGAAUGUCCAUUUUAUCCUCAGUCCAAAGCCCUGGGAUGAGAAAUUCGAAGACAUCCAGGACGACACGCACAGGUGGUGGCACCGCAUAAACGACGAAAGACUGGCCCAUGAAAAGUCCCAGGAGAUCGACGACGGGUUUUAG